AAUGAAGCACUCCAAUAACCGACAGAGAAUAUGCAAUGAGCUCAUCUCAUCCCAGCUGUGGUCUACGGUGAGUGGAGAUGGGCUACAGAGUGGACUUUUGACUGGCACACACGUUUUACCCUGUCAUGCCUUCAUCACGGUUCUCCCGUGGCCGUGAAUGCAAUGAUAUUUUUUUUUUAUCAGGUUAAAGAGGUCGAAAGGAUUUCUUUUUGUAUCAGGUUAAGGUGAUUUGGUUUUGGUAGUCUAAUUCUGCAGCAAUAACUCCGGAGGCGCUUUAACUUCCAAGACGCGCUGUGCGUUCCUCUUCCAAAGAUCAACCAUGAUGUCUGCCAUAGAUACGGGUACAUCUGUGUACCAACCAGCACAACUACUGAACUGGAUCUAUAUGUCUCUACAAGACUCCCACCAGACCAAUGACUUCGAAGCGUUCAGACCGGAUUCUGAGAGUUCUCCACCGGACGAGAACAACAAACAGCGGUCCGCUGCUGCUGUCGACCUGAGCUCUGCGCUCAACUCAAACUAUCUUAACAAUUUCUUGCAACUUCAGAGAAAUGAGGCCUUAAACAACCGUUUGUAUAGAAGGUCCUCUCCUUACGGCUCACUCAGCAACAUCGUAGACGGCCUGAGUUCUCUGACGGACCACUUCUCUGACCUCUCCGUCUCCUCUGAGUCACGCAAACCCAGCAAGCGACCUCCGCCCAACUACCUGUGCCAUCUCUGCUUCAACAAAGGACACUACAUCAAAGACUGCCCGCAGGCUCGGCCGAAAGGGGAAGGCCAGACCCCAUAUCAGGGCAAGAAGAGAUGUUUCGGGGAAUACAAGUGCCCUAAAUGCAAGAGGAAGUGGAUGAGUGGGAACUCCUGGGCCAACAUGGGACAAGAAUGUAUCAAGUGCCACAUCAACGUUUACCCUCACAAGCAGAGACCUCUGGAGAAACCUGAUGGGUUAGAUGUUUCAGACCAGAGCAAGGAGCACCCACAGCACCUGUGUGAAAAAUGCAAGGUCCUCGGGUACUACUGUCGUCGCGUGCAAUAAUAACCUGUCGUUAUCUGGCCGCAAGUUCAUGGAGUUGCCCUCUAGACACUGAUCUUGGGUCAGUUUAGCAUUUUCUACACUAAUGUUUAAGUUCAGGUCUGGGGGAGGGGAAGCUGAUCCUAGAUAUCUACCUACAGUAGGGUAAACUUCACCCCGAAGUCACGUUCACUUCCCUGGCCUGUAGUUGACUUCCCUGAUUCACUUCCCUGGCCUGUAGUUGACUUCCCUGGCCUGUAGUUGACUUCCCUGGUUCACUUCCCUGGUCUCCAGUUGACUUCCCUGGUUCACUUCCCUGGCCUUAAGUUGACUUCCCUGUUUCACUUCCCUGGUAUUUAGUUGACUUCCCUGGUUCACUUCCCUGGUUCACUUCCCUGGCCUGUAGUUGACUUCCCUGGCCUGUAGUUGACUUCCCUGGUUCACUUCCCUGGUCUCCAGUUGACUUCCCUGGUUCACUUCCCUGGCCUUAAGUUGACUUCCCUGUUUCACUUCCCUGGUAUUUAGUUGACUUCCCUGGUUCACUUCCCUGGUUCACUUCCCUGGCCUGUAGUUGACUUCCCUGGCCUGUAGUUGACUUCCCUGGUUCACUUCCCUGGCCUGUAGUUGACUUCCCUGGUCUGUAGUUGACUUCCCUGGACUUAAGUUGACUUCCCUGGUUCACUUCCCUGGCCUUAAUUUGACUUCCCUGGUUAACUUCCCUGGCCUGUAGUUGACUUCCCUGGUUCACUUCCCUGGCCUGUAGUUGACUUCCCUGGCCUGUAGUUGACUUCCAUGGCCUGUAAUUGACUUCCCUGGCCUGUAGUUGACUUCCCUGGCCUGUAGUUGACUUCCCUGGCCUGUAGUUGACUUCCCUGGCCUGUAGUUGACUUCCCUGUUUCACUUCCUUGGCCUUAAGUUGAAUUCCCUGGUUCACUUCUUUGGCCUUAAGUUGACUUCCCUGGUUCACUUCCCUGGCCUUUAGUUGACUUCCCUUGCCUGUAGUUGACUUCCCUGGCCUGUUGUUGACUUCCCUGGCCUGUUGUUGACUUCCCUGGCCUGUUGUUGACUUCUCUGUCCUGUAGUUGACCUCCCUGGCCUGUUGUUGACUUCCCUUGCCCGUUGUUGACUUCCCUUGCCCGUUGUUGACUUCCCUUGCCCGUUGUUGACUUCCCUGGCCUGUUGUUGACUUCCCUGGCCUGUUGUUGACUUCCCUGGCCUGUUGUUGACUUCCCUGGCCUGUUGUUGACUUCCCUGGCCUGUUGUUGACUUCCUUGGCCUGUAGUUGACUUCCCUGGCCUGUAGUUGACUUCCCUGGUUCACUUCCCUUUGCCUUAAGCUCACUUACCCCUCCAGUGGUUAAUGAAGAGUUGACGCUCCUCUAAUGUGUUGUGUAUAUCUCAGUAAAAUAGGUCUGAUCAACCGUCAAUACUCUGUUGUUAUUGUUAUUAUGUUUAUAAAAAUGUUUUUGACCUGUUUCUCUGUUCCCUACAUGUGUGAAUUGGGGACAAUUGCAUUUCACUUAAGUCUUUUCAGGAUUCAAUUACUUCCUGAAUUGAAGUGGAAUUGACCCCAAACCUUGUGUGUGUUGUGUGUUUUAUGCCGUAGUAGUUCCUGCCUACCUACCCAAUGUUAAGCUGUACCUCUAGCCUUUUCUUCAUGCCAUUUAACAAGCAUCCUUUGUCCUGAUGUUGUCCGCAUUCUUAUUGUGCUCACAUUUUAUGAAAAUAUGUCUACACAUGGUAUUAAAAAUGUAUCAUAUCCGU